UACUACACGCGAGUCACUAUGACCGUUGCUGUUUCGUGCUCAUGCCCGUAUUUUGUGUAAUCUUAUCGUAAUGCGUUCAAUGUUGAAUGCUAUUUCUAUAAUUGAUGCUGACAAAAUAUUGCAACCGAUUAAGUGCUAACGUAUGAUCUGUAUACAGCGCUAUGAAAACUUACUUCCGAACUGCCAGUUUUGUAAUUUUUAUUUCAACGGUGCUUUGUGAGCGGCUUCGACAUAGGGCUACCAUUACCAUGUGCGCUAGAUAGUGUUGUGCUCUUAUUAGUUUUUUGUCAAACUAAUAUGCUAGCUUGUGAAUAUAAUGUGUGGUGAGCGGUCAACGCUGCCAAGUGAAUCAUAAGUGAAGUGUCAAUAUGAAGGUGACGGUGUGUUUUGGUUCUGUGCGGGUGUUGGUUCCUUGUGGCGCUGGCGACUUGUUGGUCAGGGACCUCAUACGGGAAGCAACACUUCGAUAUAAAAAAGCUACCGGACAGGGGCCGGAGACAUGGGUAGGCGUGCGAGCACUUCGUGCGAGUUCAGGUGGUAUUCUGGAUCUCGACGAUCGCGUGAGGGAUGUGGCCGACGACCGAGAGACGCUCACCGCAGAAAGCGUUAACCAGGCGCAGCCAAGGGCUGCCCAAGCAGAUGGCGCAAGCGGCUCGUCUGCAGGCACUGCCUCGCCGGAUAUGUUUCGGGGCGGUGGCGGUGUUGGUGGAAGUAUGCGGGUUCCAAAUACAGAUUCAUGUGUAGAAGUUGGCAUAGCGGACUUGGAAGACGGCGCUAACGGUUUACAAGUUCGUCGCGGAAGUGAGCCCUCACUGCAUCAAGACACAUUGCCUCCGCAAAGACAGGUUUCAGAUCAAAGUAAACGAUGGUCAGCGGCGGUGGUGUGUCGGGACGACACGAGCCGAGUGAUGCACAAGAUGCACCCCCUGGACGGCCGGCCGCCCGACCCGCCGCCUGGCCAGGGACAACACUUCCAGCGACAAUCCAACCGCCUUUCUAUGCAGUUCUCUGGUCCUGGAAGCGGUGUAUGGUUGGAUGCAGCUGAGCGAGUCCAGGUAUAUGAAAGUAAAAGCCUUCCUCGAGAUGCUCGAAAAGAACCAUUAGGACAAGAUACACCUCCCAGUAACAAUCAGACCCAUAGAGUCGAAGAUAUGUUGAGAUGGGUGUCUGGAGUUAAUAAUGUAGCCAACGUACAUCCUGUUCAAGAACGACCUCUCGAUCUUCCAGAAGGAAAUAGCGAAAGGGCCAUAUCGGAUAUGGAGGUGCCUGUCAGUCCGAGUAGCAAACCAGUAUCGAAAGCUAUGCAGACUGUGACCGUCACCCUGAUCAAGGGGGAAAAGGGGCUAGGGUUCACUAUCACCACAAGGGAUAAUCCUACAGGAGGGCAUUGUCCUAUUUAUAUUAAGAAUAUUUUACCAAAGGGCGCGGCGGUGUCGGACGGGCGGCUGCGCGCGGGCGACCGGCUGGUGUCCGUGAACCGCGUGGCGGUGGCGGGCCGCACGCAGCAGCAGGUGGUGGCGCUGCUGCGCGCCACGCCGCCCGACGCCGCCGUCGAGCUGGUGGUGGAGCGCGCGCGCACGCAGAGGGUGGAACCUCAACAAAGUCCAACCAAGUAUACGGAAAAACCGAUAGGGCCUGCACAGAGUACACAAUCGAAGCCAAUUGACGCCAAACCUGAAAAUGGUCGCGUUUCGAGUAUGGUGAACGCCAUAAACCACGGCAACAAUAACUCAGUGAGAGGAAGAAUACCAAAAAGCUCGUCGAAGGAUGAUCUAUUGAAGGACCAUUCGGUAGACAGUGCUCUACAAGAGGCUUUGAACUCUUCUUCAAAUUCUUUACUAGGUCUGCGUAACCGCCUAAUCCUAAGACUAGACGUGCCAGUCCACGAUUCUGAAAAAGCUGGACUCGGUAUCAGCGUAAAGGGAAAAGUGACAGUUGGACCAGACCCCCACGAUUUGGGUAUUUUCAUUAAAUCUGUACUUCAUGGUGGUGCCGCGUCCAGGGAUGGAAGAUUACACACAAACGACCAGCUUCUCAGUGUGAACGGCGUAACGUUGGUCGGUCAGUCGAACUCAGAGGCGAUGGAGACUCUUCGGCGGGCGCUUUUACAUUCAAGGCCUAACGUACAUGGUAGCAUAUCUCUCACUAUCGCCAGGAGGACGGAUAGCAUGGAUAGCUUAGCGAGGUGGAAGGACGACACGCCACCGAACGGUAACGACACCACGAAUUCAAACGAAAACAGUAAUUCUCAAAACUUUAACACGGUUAUAUAUAACACGUCGCACGACAAGGAGAAUAAACCGCUGGAUUACAGUCAGAAAGUCGAAACCAGUAAAGAAGGUUUCGACCACCACGACGGAAGAAAUAGCAAGAAACACGCCUCCAUUAUUACUAUUAAUAAUAAUAAUAGUUGGGUGUCGAAUCAGUCGGACGACAGCAAAGGCUACUUAGAGAGGGACAAGGAAACGAUCCCACACGACAGCAAAAGAGACAGCUUCGAGUGGAGCCGCCUGGACGGAUGGAACCCCGUCAUAGAUCGGCUGACGGGCCUGCGCAACGAGAGCUACUACAUGGCGACGCAAGUGGACGCCCCGGUCGCGAACGGCCACCACUACAGGCAGAACCUGGGACACGUUCACAUGUCGAGGUCUCCUCCCGCGCAUCACAACGUUAUCAUCGAAGAGGAUUACGGUACGACGAGGGGCAGCACGGCGGGCGAGUCUGGCAGCGAGUGCGGCGGCGCCUUCAGCCGCGACGCGGUGGGGCGGCGCUCCAUGUCGGAGAAGCGCCACGCCGCGCUCGACGCGCGCGCCACCGGCACCUACCGCAAGAUCAAGGAGAACAAGGCGCUCACCGCCAUGCAAGUGGGUCCAUCGCUUGGAAUGCGGAAAUCGUCAAGUUUAGAAUCUCUUCAGACAGCGAUACAGGAAACUCAAAGAAACCCAAUCCGCAACGAACCUAUCUAUGCACGAGCUCACCCACCGCUGAAACACUGGCUGACUGACGACAAUGCUGCCCCUGAUACUAUAGUACGGGGAUCACCGCAACAAUCGUCGCUAUCACACAAGAAACCUUCACUUCUUAAAUCCUUAUCUACAAUGUUCAGAAUCGGCAAGCCACAUAAAAAGACUGAAGCUGAUUUAUAUGGUAGAGCGCAGCCGGGACGGUCGUCGGAGAAAUCGUUGUCACGGGAAGCGCUGGAGAGGCACAGAAAAGAUGAACGGUCGAACGAAGCGGAACCAGCUCAACCGGCUAGGGAGGCGCGCGGCGGCUCGGAGCGACGCACGGCGCCCGCGCACGCGCACGUGAUGGAAAACGCUUGGGGUCCGACUGGACACUACGUGAAUUAUGAAGAAAUACAACAAAACUUGAACUGGCGGCGCGAGAAGCUGAGCGAGGUGCAGAUCGGGCAGGUGCGGCGCGGCGCGCACGCGCAGCACGACAGUCGGCGAACUGGAGCGGGCGGUUAUCAUUCCCAGCGGUCUUGCAAAGAGAGCGGCAUCCGACCGCAGUCCAACUAUUACGAGUACGAAAGCGCUCCGCCGAGAAGACCCGGGAAGCUGUCGCACUACCACUGAGCACUGGACUCGUGAGCUGAUAGCGGUGGACAUUAUCUUCCGAGAUCCGAUGCUUUGUACACAUAUGUAUGAUGAGCAUUCGCAUCGGAAGACUCCAAAUAUUGGAAUAUGUUUGUUAGAAGAUUCCGUGUCAUAAAAUGUUGUAUUAUAAUGUCGUCAUAUUAAAUAACUAUUGAAAUAUAUCCAACUGUUAGUACUACAGUCGGACUCGUCUUGUAAAUAUCGACUAGGCUAUGAAGUACAUUAUAAGUAUUGCAAAAUUAGAAGCGCUACGGACCACCAAUUUAUUCCUUUACAUGCUUAGGUACAAAUAAAUGAUAUCAUUUAAUGGAAACGAUUUAGGAAUUGAAUAGCAAUUAGGAACUUUGAAAUAUUAGGGCACAGUAGACGUAACCGAUGAAAUUCUUGUUUACAAAUAUUUGUAAACGUAUAUAUAGUCAUAGACAAUUUUACGGCCGGUUUUUAUAGAUAUUUUUACUGUUGUAAUCUAAAAUAAUUUUUGGUACAUAUAAAUAAACAUAGAAUCAUUUUUUAUUAAACAUUUUACAUAUGUCGAAAGACAAUUAAUUUAUUCUCUAGCAAUACUAGCGACUUAUAAAACUAUAGUACAGUUUGUUUAUACUAUAGUAACUUUUAAUGUUCACGAAGUGCUUAAAUUAGAUUUGGAAUUGAAUAUAAAAACAUUGUUACCUGGUGCCAUUUUAUUGAUGGUAGCUUUUUUAUUUUUCUAUCGUAAGUUUUUAGUAUAUACAACUAAACGUCAGAUGUCGUUUGACGUCACUAGAUGUCAAGAGGAAAAUGAGUGAAUAAACAACGCAAUACAACUCGUUCUUAGUAUAGAAUAGAAUUGUUUUUGGAAUUGCAAAAAAAAAAAACACACGAGAGACAAAGUGUGUGUUUUUAUAAUAUAUAAAUAUAUAAUUUCUUUUAUAAUAAUUACAGGUAGUAAAAAAAUAUAUAUAAAAAUUGUUACAAAAUAAUUAAAAUUUUAAAUAAUUGAAGGGUAAAAUAUAUUUGGUUAUCGGUAAAUUAAAACUUGAAUUUAAUUUUAAAUCGUGCUACCAAGAAAAAUGUUGCCACAUCAAUAAAUCAUUUUUACAAAUUUACCAUAAAGUUAAUAUAAAUUUUAAAUAAACGCGUCAUUUCAAGCUUAUGAUUUACGAUUUUCUAUUAACCAUUGUAUGGAACUUGUUUAUAUUUUUUUUUAUCCCACGAUAUAUUUAACAAACUUUUCAAUGACUAAUUUUAAUUUAUUCCGGUUCUGUUCUUAUAAAGACUCGUUUCUUUUUUAUAAUAUUUUUAUUCGUAUCGUUUUAGUUUUUAUGUAUUUGAAAUGAAUACAAUUAAGUACUAAAUAUGUAUAUAUUCUUAAAUUUAAAUAAUAGUUAAAACUAGCUCACGAUAUUAUUUUUUUCGCAGGCAGUAAAAAUGUUCACGAAUUAUGAAAUCUAACUUUGUUCACAAGCCUUAUUAUUAAAUAAACUUACUUGCUAAUAUUAAACUCCUACCUCUUGUGAUAAAUUUAAAAUGAUUAUUAAAAUUAAAAUAACUUAUUCUUUUUAUAAAAGUCUCAAAAAGUCAAUUUGAACAUGCAGUGGUGAUUAUUGCGAACUGUCUAGACGUCACCCUGGUAAGGAGUUUAACGAGUACUCUUAAUAUAAAAUUUUAGAGGUUCAAAAAUAAACUAGCCCACUAUAUUCUCAUUAUCCUCAAUUUGAAAUAUUUCAAUUGCCAUUUUAAUAUGGUGGUCUUAUAAUGUAUUUUUUUUUACUUUAAUUUUAAUAAAAAAAAAACAAUCUCUCAGUUCACGUAACAAACUUGCAAUUCCCUUCUACCACAUAACUUCAUAUUCAUAUUACCAAGAGCAUAUUCGUUUGAAAAAAUAUAUACUAAAACCUCAAUAAAUAAAGCAUACCAAUUAAACCUCGGUAAGCUGUUCGAGGUCUUGGCGAGUGAUUGCAAAGACUGCUACCUGUCGCUCCACGUAACAUUAUUAUUAACAAUCUCAGUUGUGUAAAUAAAUAAUCUUACUUUAUAAUUUAAGUUAAGGUUCAACGACCUCAUCUCACCAAACCAUACCAUACACUCGAUACUUAAUCAGAAGGUGUAACACUCCACACAUAUGUACAUGAUAAAUAAGCUUUUCAGGUCCCUGCCUCACAGGUCGAAGCAAAAAUUAUUUUUUAAUUAGUCUUAAUUAUAUAUACGUAAAUAAAUUUAAUGUGCAUAAAAGUCAAAAAGUGGAAGGUUAUCUGAUACUCAGGGGUCUUUCUGCGACUUAAUCCAAUUUUUAUUUUCUGGUUCUUUUUUUAUGAGAUAUCUAUUUAGCUGUAACUAUUCUAUAUAUAUUUGUUUUGGGACAAAAAUAUUGUUCACAAAAGGAUAUUGAAAUUUAACUUACAUUAAGCAAGGAAUAUGUAAAUAUUUUUCAUAUUAAUUUUAAGCAAUUGAAUGUUAGGCUAUAAACUAUGUAUAUUACAUACAUUCCUACUUAAUUCCGCGUUUAAGUCCAGAAAUCAAAGAAGCUUUAAAAUGUCGACUAGUUUAUAAGAUAAGCUGUAACAAAAACAAUAAAAUUUAUUAUGUUUACUUUAAAAUGACUGAGUUCGAAUGAUUCAAUGCUAGCUAUUAUUUGUGUCCAUGGAUAUAUUAAUAAAUUAAAUUAAUUAUAAAUGCAAAAAAAAACCACGAUAAUUAUAAUUCAAUACAUUAUUUGCUUUGUGCUUUAUUUUUUCUCAUAAUUGUGAUAUUAUCGUUGUAAUUAAUUGAUAUAUUAAAUACCGGUUCAUUAUGGUGAUAUUAUUGGAUUUUUUUUUUUAGUAUAAAACUAAGUUUUAUAAAUAUUUCUCAUGUAAAUAGAAGAGUUAAACAAUCACCUAGUUCAAUUUUAUAAUUAUAUUCAAUAUGAUUUAACGACUUUGUAUUGUUAUUAUAUUAUGAACAAAUUUAAAAUUAAAUUUUGCAAAUGUAUAGUUUGCAUAUGCGUGCCUAUAGUCUGUGCAUAUACAUGUUCGUUCAAGUGGGGUAUCGUUUUGUAUAAUUUUAGAGAUUAUAAUCAUUACGAUCGGCCAUCUGUACCUUAAAUAAAUAAGUAUUAUCUA